GCGUCCGGCGCCUGUUUGUGCUGCGGCGCUGGGGCCCGGGACCGGCCCGCCGCCCACCCCCGGGAGCCGAGCGUCCCUCGGGAAAGCCCGAGGCCCCGGCGGGCCCUGCGACUCCGGCCCCCGCCCCAUAGCGCCCCCUCCGCCCGCUUGCCCCUCGCCCGACAGCGCCCCCGAGGGUGGCACGGCGCCCUGCGCGCGCGCCCCAGGGUGCUUCCCCUUCCCCUCUCCCCGGCCAUGGUCCCCGCGGCUUAGACGCCUCCUCCGCCGCCGCCGCGCGGAGCAGCCCGGGCGCCGGAUGGACGGAGCCGCGGGGCCCGGUGAGGGCCCUGCUCCGGAGGCCCUGCAGGCCCUGAGCCGGCGGCUUCGGGUGCAAGAGGAGGAAAUGGAGCUGGUGAAGGCGGCCCUGGCAGAAGCCCUCCGCCUGCUUCGCCUACAGACGCCCCCUGCACCCCUGCUGGGCACGGUCCCACCUGUUCCCUCCAGGGACAGGUAUGCAUCGCCCCCAGGACUGCCCCCCACUUGCAGUCCCUCCUUGGUGAGCCGAGGCACCCAGACAGAGGCGCUGGAGAUCCCAUCCCCUGGACUCCCGGGCCUGAGCAAUGGGCCGCAGCCUCCUCAAGAGGGCAGUGAAGAGCCUGGUGGGACUCAGUUUGAAGGAGGAGGGGGCAGCAGCAGCAGUGGCACCGGCUCCCCUGGCCCCCCGGGGGUUCUCAAGCCCGUGCAGCCCCCACAGCGCACUGACACGCCAAGGAGAAAUUCUUCCUCCUCCUCAUCCCCCUCGGAGCGGCCUCGGCAGAAGCUCUCCCGGAAGGCAGCGUCCUCAGCCAACCUGUUAUUGCGGUCAGGAAGCACAGAGAGCCGUGGGGGGAAAGAUCCCCUCUCCAGCCCCGGGGGCCCUGGAUCUAGGCGAAGCAAUUAUAACUUGGAGGGCAUCUCAGUGAAGAUGUUCCUUCGAGGGCGUCCUAUCACCAUGUACAUCCCAACUGGCAUCCGCAGCCUUGAGGAGCUGCCCAUUGGCCCACCCCCGGAGACCCUCAGCCUUGACUGGGUUUAUGGGUACAGGGGCCGUGAUUCCCGCUCCAACCUCUUUGUGCUGCGCUCUGGGGAGGUCGUCUACUUUAUUGCCUGCGUAGUGGUGCUUUAUCGGCCUGGGGGAGGCCCUGGGGGCCCUGGAGGAGGUGGCCAGAGACAUUACCGGGGACAUUCGGACUGCGUUCGAUGCCUUGCUGUUCAUCCUGAUGGUGUCCGCGUAGCCUCAGGACAGACCGCAGGAGUGGACAAGGAUGGAAAGCCUCUGCAGCCCGUGGUCCAUGUGUGGGACUCGGAGACACUGCUGAAGCUGCAGGAGAUUGGACUGGGGGCUUUCGAGCGUGGUGUGGGGGCCCUGGCCUUUUCAGUCGUGGAUCAUGGUGCUUUUCUUUGUGUGGUGGAUGAUUCUAAUGAGCACAUGCUGUCAGUAUGGGACUCCAGUCGGGGCACGAAGCUGGCUGAGAUCAAGAGUACAAAUGACUCAGUCCUGGCCGUUGGCUUCAGCCCUCGUGACAGCAGCUGCAUCGUCACCAGUGGGAAAUCUCACGUCCACUUCUGGAACUGGAGUGGUGCCACCGGGGCUCCUGGGAACGGGACCCUCACUCGGAAACAGGGUGUCUUUGGGAAAUACAAGAAACCCAAGUUCAUCCCUUGCUUUGUGUUCCUCCCGGAUGGAGACAUUCUUACUGGGGACUCAGAGGGAAAUAUUCUUACCUGGGGGCGGAGCCUCUCAGAUGCCAAGACUCCAGGCAGGGGUGGGGCCAAAGAGACCUACGGGAUAGUGGCCCAGGUCCACGCUCAUGAGGGCUCCAUCUUCGCCUUGUGUCUCCGGAGGGACGGGACAGUGCUGAGUGGCGGUGGGCGGGACCGCCGGCUGGUUCAGUGGGGGCCCACGCUGGAGGCCCUCCAGGAGGCGGAGAUCCCUGAGCACUUUGGGGCUGUGCGGGCCAUUGCUGAGGGGCCUGGCUCUGAGCUGCUUGUGGGGACCACGAAGAACGCAUUGCUGAGGGGAGAUCUGGCCCAGGGUUUCUCCCCAGUCAUCCAGGGCCACACCGAUGAGCUCUGGGGCCUCUGCACACAUCCAUCCCAGAACCGCUUUCUCACCUGUGGACAUGACCGGCAGCUCUGCCUGUGGGAUGGUGAGGGCCACGCACUGGCUUGGAGCAUCGACCUCAAGGAGAUUGGCCUCUGUGCUGACUUCCACCCCAGUGGGGCAGUUGUGGCCGUAGGUCUAAGCACAGGGAGGUGGCUGGUUUUGGAUACAGAGACCAGAGAGAUCAUGUCGGACGUCACCGAUGGCAAUGAGCAGCUCUCAGUGGUCCGCUACAGCCCAGAUGGGAUGUAUCUGGCCAUUGGUUCCCAUGACAACAUGAUCUACAUCUACAGCAUUUCCAGUGAUGGUGCCAAGUCUAGCCGAUUUGGCCGCUGUGUGGGUCACUCCAGCUUCAUCACUCAUCUCGACUGGUCCAAGGAUGGGAACUUCAUCAUGUCCAAUUCUGGGGACUAUGAGAUUCUUUACUGGGAUGUGACUGCGGGCUGCAAGCUCCUGCGGAAUCGCUAUGAGAGCAGAGAUCGCGAGUGGGCCACCUACACCUGCGUGCUGGGCUUCCACGUCUAUGGCGUGUGGCCCGACGGCUCCGACGGGACCGACAUCAACUCCCUGUGCCGCUCCCACAACGAGCGCGUGGUGGCCGUGGCGGACGACUUCUGCAAAGUGCACCUCUUCCAGUACCCGUGCGCGCGCGCCAAGGCGCCGAGCCGCAUCUUCGCGGGCCACGGCAGCCACGUGACCAGCGUCCGGUUCACGCACGACGACUCGCACCUCAUCUCCCUGGGCGGCAAGGACGGCAGCAUCUUCCAGUGGCGAGUGCUGGGCGCCGGGGGCGCGGGGCUGGCGCCGGCCACGCCCUCACGAACUCCGUCCCUGUCGCCCGCCUCCUCCCUCGACGUCUGACGGCGGCGGGACCCAGGCCCCCAGCCUCUCCGUGCGCCCCCAUCCCACCGCAUCUCCCAGAACUAGAGGCCGAGCCUUCCCGCGACUUCGAGACAUUCCCGAGCGCGCCUUUACCCAGAAGAGACGAAUGGACCCCAGCAUACACUGUACAGACCCACUGGCCGAGCCGGGCGCCCCCAGCUCGGGCCCCGACUCCAGUUGACUGCAAAGGGGGCAAUAAACCAAAACUAAAGU